UACAAAUUGCAAAAUGUGUGUGCUGUAACUGUAGAUCAUUCGAGAAAAGUGCAUUCAGUCUUCCAAAGCACAAGAGGCAAGAUGUUCACCCACUCUGGUGCAAGCAUCCAUGUGUACAAAUGAGGAAAUGCUGGUAAUAAGCAGGAAUGAAUGUAAUAUGUGUACUACGUGCAAGCACACAGCUGAGGACUGUAUCCAUAGCCUCCUACACAAUGAGUGGAAAUGAAAUGAAAGAAAAGAUAAUGGAGGAGUGUGUGGUGAAUACUUUUCUACAAAUAAUGGCAAUGCAAUGGGAUGGUGUGAACAUGCAUUUCAGUACUCACACAGAUAGAUGCUUGUUGUGGAACUGCCCACCUUUUUUUAAACUGCCUAACACUCCACACCAACUUUGCCCUUUUCACAAAACGAACCAUUGGUUUUCACCUUGAGGUUUGUAGACCAACUGGUCUAGUUCACAACACCUCCAACAGAGCGCACUGUUGGCCCUCCACCACAUAGUCCAAGAUGGCAGUCCAGGAGAAAAAGGGCUGGAACCAACAAAAACCUUGAAUCCAGUCAUGUGUUAGGCUUCAGCCAAAAGGAUGACAGUAUUUAGUGACAUCAUUGGAGGGGAUAUAGGGCAGACUCAGCAGCUCUGUGGCCUCAGUCUCACUCACUCACUCACUCAGUCAGCCAGUAGCAGCAGCAGCAGCAGAAUAAGAAGAAGAAAAAGAAGUAGAAGGAGAACCAUGAAGCAUCAACAGCAAUUGCAAUCCAGCACAGCUCUGCAGAACAGGAAGUAAUGGAAAAUAGCCUUCGACACGUCCAAGCCUGCUGCGGCAAGCACUAACAUGUCGACCUUUGCCAUGGCUGGAUCUGCAGCAACCUCAGCCACCAACUUGUUGAGACGUGCACUGAUCUCUGGACCUGUGGCAGCAAUAUCCUCUAGCAUGUCUGAACUUGCUGGAGCAGGACAUGAAGCUGUUAUUGUCUGUCCCACUCAUUGAUUUGUGUCAUGAGGACGUGCAGUCUGCUCCCAGCACAUCGAAUACUACUGGUGGUCCUAAACAACAGCAAAAUGCGGGACUGUACUCAUCACCAACAAACGACCCAUCCCAGCAGAACAUCCCUGUGCUAGUGCAGGCACAGAGUGCAGAUGCUGUGCAUAAGAAGGUAUCAAGUGUACCCAUGCUUUUCAGUUCUACAUACAAUUUAACUGCUAGUGGAAUGAAACGUGUAAAUGUGGGUAUAGAAGCACAUCAUGACGGGAUUGCAUGUGAAAAUAGAAACUAAAAAUGCAUCAAAGAGUGUUAAAGUGCCUAUUUCUGUGUUGACUGGGACAAAAUAUGUCAUGCAGAGUGCUACAUCAAUCAGCAGAUAACUACAGAGUAUUAUGUAACUCGUAACCUCCCUAGCUCCCCCUUCCCCUGGACAUUCGUUUUACUGAUGUGACACUAUCUGUUACAACAGUUAUGAACUUAUACACUGUGGAUGCUGCACUACACCUUGCAAUGGAGAGAAUGAGUCGGUUGCCGAGCAUAGACUCUGCAUGCAAUGAUGUUGUAAACUCUACAUGUGCAUACUGUACAUGUUGAUGAUUUGGAGCAGUACCGUUUUUUUUU